AUGAAGUUAAAUGUUAUGUUUUUACACGGGCUUAUGCAAACGACUGAAAUGCUCUCAGAGAGCUUCUCAAACUUAAACAAAAGCCUAUCAAGGAUGUUGAAUGUAACAUAUUUAAAAGCGCCUUUUGAGUUGACGGAAUUCCCAGCGUUUUGUAAAAUGUCCAGUGAAAAGACUGAUGAGGAGGUUAGGAAGUUAGAGAAAAGUAUCAGGGCAAAUUAUUAUAGUAGAAAGGGCAGAAAGAACACAUAUGGAGGGACUUGGUUCUUUACAGACUUUGACGGAAAUUAUUCACCGCAGCUAAGAAAUGUUAAAAUCAUCGGACUGGAGGAAUCACUUGAUUUUGUGUUAAAUGAGUGUAAAAGAACAAAUUGUGACGGGCUUUUAGGUUUCAGUCAAGGUUCCUUAAUCUCAACAAUUUUAGCUAAAAAAACAUUAAAUGACCCAAGUUUGGGCUGGAAGGCUAAAUUUUGUAUACUUUUUAGUUCACCGAUGCCUUAUGCAACAUCACUGAGCACCUUUCUAGCCUCAGGAGAUAAAAUUCAAACACCUUCCUUACACAUUUUGGGGAAGAGCGAUAUUAUGGUUCCUAACCAUAGAUCUCUAUUAUUAUCUGAAUGUUUUGUGAAUCCUAUUGUACAUUAUCAUGAGGGGGGUCACGAUGUUCCUCACUUUGACGAUAUUUCAGUUUAUGAGAAUUUUUUAUCUAAAUUUCUGUAA